AGAGAGGCAGAGUGGGCUCCAUCUCUCUCUCUCUCUCUCUCUCUCUCUGUGCUAUCACCGCCACAUAUGAACAGGGCAACUUUAGUGUAAAGCUCCUCAUCACCCAAGAUGACUUCACGCAUUCCUCCCUGGUCCUUUGGAUUAUUUCUACUUGCCCUCUGGUUGCGCUGCCAAUGCUCCUCUGCCUAUCAGCUGCUGGACGACCCUGGUUCUCAGGGAGCCUUGGACCUGACAGAGUUGAUCGGCGUUCCCCUUCCUCCAUCCGUCUCCUUCGUGACGGGGUUCGAAGGUUACCCUGCUUACAGCUUCGGCCCGGACGCCAACGUCGGCCGCCUCACAAAGUCGUUCAUCCCCGACCCGUUCUAUCAUGACUUCGCCAUCACGGUCACGGCUAAACCAACCACACGGCGCGGCGGUGUGCUGUUCGCCAUCACGGAUGCUUAUCAGAAAAUUGUACAGUUGGGUAUAGCGCUGUCCGAAGUGGAGGAUGGCUCCCAGAGAGUCGUGUUGUACUACACCGACCCGGAAACGAGAGGUGGGACCCAAGAGGCAGCUUCGUUCAAAAUGGGAGACCUGACGGGAAGAUGGGCGAGGUUUACGCUGACUGUUCAGGGUGCAGAGGUGCGUCUCUACAUGGACUGUGAGGAGUACCACAGAGUUGCCUUCACCAGGAGCGCUCAGCCUCUGACCUUCGAGGCCAGCUCAGGGAUCUUUGUAGGGAACGCCGGGGGUACCGGCCUGCCGAGGUUUGUGGGCUCCAUCCAGCAGCUGGUGCUGAAGUCAGAUCCCACGGCCCCAGAUGACCAGUGUGAGGAGGAUGAUCCUUAUGCCUCCGGAUACGGGAGCGGCGAUGAUGCUUAUGAGGACAUCGAGGGAAUAGAUGAAGUGAAGAAGAUUGUCGAGGAGCGCGAGUACACCAUGCCCCUUCCAGAGCUGGACCCCACCUACAGCUCCCCGGUCCGAGCUCCGCCCACGGACAUAUCACUCAUCGAUGAUGAGGAUGAAGACAUUGAGGAGACUUCUGGACAGGGGGCGGAGAUCAGCACAAUAAGAGUAAAAUCAUUACCGACUGCAGCUACUCCGGCUUCCACGCCUCAAACUUCCCUCCAGGUGUCUCCAGGACAGAAAGGGGAGCGAGGGGAGCCAGGUCCAGCUGGUCCCCCAGGACCCCCUGGCCCUCCAGGAUCAGCCUCAGGAGAUGGAGACGGAGGAGAGCCUGGACCACGGGGACCACAGGGACCACAGGGGCCCUCAGGCCCGCCUGGACUUCCUGGAAAAGACGGACACCCAGGAAGCAAAGGUGAAGCUGGUUCCCCUGGGCCGAGUGGAUUCCCAGGACUACAUGGAGAGCCUGGUCCUAAGGGAGACAAGGGUGAUCCUGGGGUUGGACUACCCGGUCCUCCAGGCCCUCCUGGACUUCCAGGUCGGCCUAGCAAGUCUUCCAUGUUCAUGGAGGGGUCUGGAUUUGACGACUUUGACAGUGAUGCAGAAAUUAUAAGAGGGCCUCCAGGACCUCCAGGCCCACCAGGACAGCCAGGGCCCCCAGGAACCCCAUCUGGGGACAUCCUCCCCGGCCGACCUGGGGCUCCUGGGAAAGAUGGAAAGGAUGGAGAGAAGGGUGAACCUGGACUUCCUGGAGUCGAUGGAAAAGACGGCGAUCCUGGGCCAGCUGGGGAGAAAGGAGACAAGGGAGAGCCUGGAGUGAGUGGGCAGCCAGGACCAACGGGAGAUCAGGGCCCGCCAGGGUUCCCAGGCAUACCAGGGUCAGACGGACCAGAAGGGCAGCCUGGUCCCAGGGGUCCACCUGGUCUUCCCGGGCCCCCGGGACCUCCAGGAAGGAGCUACUCCCUGGACUUUGAGGACCUUGAAGGAUCUGGGUUGCUGACAGAUUUUGGAGCUGGACUCUCCAGAGGUCCACAGGGUCCUCCAGGAAUCCCUGGUCCCAAGGGUAAAGACGGUUCAGUCGGCUUCCCGGGAAGGCCAGGGCAAAAGGGGGAGCCAGGUGUUACAGGACAACCAGGGUUUCCAGGUUUGGAUGGACUGACAGGGGAAGAGGGACCAAAGGGGGACAAAGGUGAUCCAGGACAAAAGGGAGAGGCAGGACGAGAUGGACUCAGCCUACCUGGCCCUCCAGGGCCACCUGGACCACCAGGACCCAUUAUGAACCUUCAGGAACUUCUGCUUAAUGAUACAGAUGGUGCCUUCAACCUCUCAGGGAUUUUUGAUGCUCAGGGACCUGCUGCACCACAGGGUCCAAAGGGUGACAUUGGGUUGCCAGGUUUGCAAGGAUCUCCAGGACUGAAAGGUCAAAAGGGUGAGCCAGGGUUCAUCAUUGCAGCAGAUGGAUCCAUGAUGUCGGGCCUGGCCGGGCCAGUGGGACCCAAGGGAGUGAAGGGAGAUAACGGUGUAUCUGGACCCCCUGGAAUGCCAGGACCAGUGGGACCACCAGGACCCAAGGGAGAAUUCGGUUUCCCUGGAAGACCAGGUCGUCCAGGUCUGAUGGGACCUAAAGGAGAGACGGGGGAUUCUCCAGGACUGCCGGGACCUCCCGGCCCUCCCGGACUGCCAGGACGCCCAGGGAUAUUCAACUGCCCCAAAGGGACGGUGUUCCCAAUCCCUCCCAGACCCCACUGCAAAAUGGCCCUGAAUCCUGAUGGAACGAUUGCAGCUGGUACCUGUCAGACGGGACCAAAAGGAGAAAAGGGGGAGACAGGCCCUCCUGGGAUGCCGGCUUCAACAAGCACAUAUCUUCCCAGAGGAGGCUGGGGGGCGAGGGGCGACCAGGGCAUCAAAGGAGAGAAGGGAGACAAGGGGGAGGCUGGGUUUCCAGGGCAACCAGGUAUCCCAGGGAGACCGGGACUGGUGGGACCCAAAGGAGAGUCGGUGCUCGGUCCUCCAGGCCAGCCUGGGGUGCCAGGCUCACCUGGUAUUCCAGGAUAUGGCAGACCUGGUCCUGUUGGGCCUCCUGGGCCUCCAGGGCCCCCUGGGUCUUCUUCAAGAUACGGUUCAGCUCUGACCAUCGCUGGACCUCCUGGACCUCCCGGACCACCUGGACCUCCUGGCUCUUCGAGUAGCUCAGCAUCUUUGAAAACAUUUUCGACUCGUGAGACUAUGAUGCAGCACACCGUCAGGGACGCAGAAGGGACUCUGGCCUACGUCACAACAACAGGCAGCCUCUUCCUCAAGGUUUAUCAGGGAUGGAAAGAGAUUCAGCUCGGCAGUCUGAUCUACCUCUCUAAUAACAUUAUUCCACAAGAUGAGCCUCGAGUUGCAUAUCAUGUAAGAGGAGACACGAUGGAAAGGAUACGAUCAGUUAAAGAAAGGCUCAACCUGGUGGCCUUGAACCAGCCCCACUCAGGGGACAUGAUGGGGCUCGACGUGGCUGACCGGAUGUGUUACGAGCAGGCCAAGGCGAUGGGUUUGGCUCCAAACUACCGCGCCUUCAUUUCAUCCAACAGGCAGGACCUGGUCCACGUCGUCUAUCCUGGUUUCCGGGAAACUCUGCCAGUUACCAACCUCAGGGGAGACGUGAUGUUUAGGAACUGGCGGUCGAUUUUCAGCGGCGACGGUGGGCCAAUCAAUGCCAGGAUACCCAUCUACUCCUUCGACGGCCGGGAUGUUCUAGCUGACCCCUUCUGGCCUCAGAAGAGCAUCUGGCACGGCUCCACCAGCAGGGGUCUCCGAGUGGUGGACAAACACUGCGAGACGUGGCGAGCGGGCCACCUGUCGGUCAUGGGCCAGUCGUCGAGCCUGACUUCGGGUCAGCUCCUGGGCCAGCAGACGCGGAGCUGUUCCAACGAAUACAUCGUCCUUUGCAUCGAGACCCACAAAAACCCUUAACUCCUCCCUAUGCCACUCCAACCAAGGAACCCAGCCCCCAGCCACCGUAAAAGGCGAAACACUCUGGGACAAGAUUCGAGUGUCAAGAAAAGGACGUCGUUUUCAGCACAUCUCUGGUGCUACGUGUAACAUUUUGUGGUUUUUUAAAACAGAGGACCAAGAGAAUGCUACUAUUUGUCUCUUCCCUCUCCCGCCGCCCCUCUGUUCGCGAGGAGCGAGAAGAUUUAGAGGCCGUGACAAACUCCUGACAACAGCCCAAGGUAUCUUCUGGGAAGCCGGCGUGAAGAUGAUGCCACGCUUUGGAAAUGGAAUCAUUUUGUGGACUGCUUGCAAAGCAAAGGAAAGGAAUGUACCUUUGCGUUGUAAAGCAGUCUGAAAGAUUUCGAACCCGGGGGCACAUACUGUAAUGUAAAAUGCAACACAGAGGCCGAGGCAGGCUGCCGGUCUUCCCAGCAGAGGCUGUACUUAUUCAUGACAAUAACAUCUCAAAUGCAAUGUGGUAAUGAUUUAUUAAUGCUAAAAUGAUACACGCAGCACCUUCAUCCAAGUUGCAACAAGGCACAUCUGUGUCACUUUACAAGAAGCAAAUAUAAAGCGACACAGAUAUUCUUUUCUUCCUCCCCACAGUCACCCAGGUGUGUUGAGGAUAAGACGUCUCUUUUAAAAGUCUCUUCAAAAAGACUGAAAGUGGAGACCGAGGACGGCUGCACCUGUCCUGAAACAAGACUUUUGAAGCGUAAAAUGCUACUUUGAUUAUUUUGUUUACAGGUUGUCAUGGAAGUUUUUUUAAACCCUUUUUUUCUAAAUGAAUUUCAGGAAACAUUUACUCAAAAUUUUUUGAAAGGCCAGAACUCUCCACAGCUAGCUUCGUCCCUCGUCCAACAAAGGGACGACCAGACAACCAGUGUUGCCACCAAAGUAAUUUUUUUGAUGCACUGUACUUCCUUUUUUUAAAAAAAAUACUUUCAACAUUUUCAUCAUCGAAAGUGUCGUUUGUGUCGUAGCUUUUCAUACAUCUCGGUGAUCUCACCUCUUUAGCAGCUCUUUCUCUUUAAUAGGCUAUUUAAUUUAAAUUCAAUGAUUUAUUUAUACCGUCACAGCACAUAACAUGAAAUCAGAUGAUUAAAUUUUUAAGAAUGUAAUUUAUCGUUUGUUGUUUGUCAAAUGACUGUCUCUUCUCACUUUUUGCCUAUUUUCUGUUUUUUUUUUUUUGUACUUUGUCUUUUAUUCUGACGGCAGUCUAAACGAAACUCCACCUGGUGUAAAGGUGCCAUCCAAACAAGCAAUGCAGUUCUACGUCGGGAAGAAAAAAAAAAGUCUACGGGCAAAAGUGAGAGCACAUGUUUUGUAUAAUUAUUGGUGCUCUGUUGAAUAAAGAUUUCUCUUUUCAUA